AUAUAUAUAUAUAUAUAUAUAUAUAUUGUUUCAGAUUUAAUAAUUAUUUAUACCUUUCGCAUCAUCUCUCACCUUUUACCCGAAAGCUCAAAGUCGUCGCGCCUACUCAUCCAGUUUUCUUUAUUUUUUUAAACCGGGAAAAAUAAAAAUUCCCUAAUUUUAGUUUUAUUUUAUAGAGUAUUAACCAGAUAGAAAGAAGAAAAGCUGCCGCAAACCCGAUUCCGAUCACCAUCAUGGCUUCCAGACGAACCCUAAAACCGGUCAUUAACCAUCUCCUAUCCGCCACCUGCCGCUCCUCCUCCCGAUCCGUCACCUAUAUGCCCCGACCCGGAGACGGAGCUCCAAGAGCCGUCACCCUUAUUCCGGGGGACGGAAUCGGUCCAUUGGUCACCGGCGCCGUCGAGCAGGUCAUGGAAGCCAUGCACGCUCCCGUAUAUUUUGAGAAAUACGAUAUUCACGGUGACAUGAAGAGCGUUCCCCAGGAAGUUUUGGAUUCCAUCCGGAAGAACAAGGUUUGCCUGAAAGGCGGACUAAAGACCCCCGUCGGCGGUGGGGUCCACUCUCUGAACGUCCAGCUUCGGAAGGAGCUUGACCUCUACGCUUCCCUUGUCCACUGCUUCAAUCUACAGGGACUACCCACGCGCCACCACAACGUAGAUAUUGUCGUCAUUAGGGAGAAUACUGAGGGGGAAUAUUCUGGCCUUGAGCACGAGGUUGUUCCUGGCGUCGUCGAAAGCCUUAAGGUGAUGACAAAGUUCUGCUCAGAGCGGAUUGCAAAGUAUGCCUUUGAGUACGCCUAUCUCAACAACCGAAAGAAGGUUUCCGCUGUUCACAAAGCAAAUAUUAUGAAACUUGCUGAUGGUCUCUUUUUGGAAUCUUGCCGUGAGGUUGCAAGUAAAUACCCCAGUAUCCAAUACAAUGAGAUCAUUGUAGACAACUGCUGCAUGCAACUUGUUUCAAAGCCUGAGCAAUUUGAUGUUAUGGUCACGCCAAAUCUCUAUGGAAAUCUUGUUGCAAAUACCGCUGCUGGUAUUGCUGGAGGAACUGGUGUCAUGCCUGGAGGUAAUGUCGGGGCUGACCAUGCCGUUUUUGAGCAAGGUGCAUCUGCUGGAAAUGUGGGGAAUGAGAAUUUGGUUGAGCAAAAGAAGGCAAAUCCAGUUGCUCUGCUUCUUUCAUCGGCCAUGAUGUUGAGACACUUGCAGUUCCCCUCAUUUGCUGAUCGGUUGGAAACUGCAGUAAAACGCGUUAUUGCAGAAGGUAAAUACAGAACUAAGGAUCUCGGUGGAGGCAGCACGACUCAAGAAGUCGUGGAUGCUGUGAUUGCCAAUUUAGAUUAAAAGGGUGCCUAAGAAGCUCUUCUACGUGGGCAAGGUUUAUUAAAGUCUCAUUCUUGGCACAGUCAUCAACACACAUUAACACACUAGUCGUGUGAUGAAAUUGUCGUGGUUUCUAUUUUUGUUGCUUCUGGUGGAGCACCAGUUAUGAAAUGCUAUUCUUUCAAAACUAAAAUGUCUAUGUGCAAGUUACAGAAAUAAGAACGAGGUAGAGGGAGUUUUUCUAGGGUUUCGCAUUCCGGCUUGUCAAUCAGGCCACUUCUGCAUGUUUGUUCCUGGCCUCUCGUGAUCAAAGAUUUGUUAAUACUUUUUGAUCUUCUAACUCCUAAUAGAUGUCAAAACAUUUUUCAGAUUUCGUAUGUAAAUGCGUAUUUACAGCUACUAUAUUUCUUGUUGAAGGUGUUUCUCUUUUGUUUGUUUUUUUAUCGAUUGUGACUGUUUGGUGGGGGGUGGGGGGAGUAGAAGGCUACUGGAAACUGGCGUGCGAACUCAUCCAGAUUCCAGACUCUGAUGAUAACAAUUGAGUCUAUCAAGCAAUUGGUUUGGCCCAUAAGGAUUAUGCGCCAUACCUGAUCAAAGUAAUUUUCAAAUGUAUAAUCCCUUUUUACUUCGAUGUGAUGCCUGAAGCAUUAGAGACACAUUGACGUGGAGUAUGAGCCGAAACACUUCAAUCUAUCAAGAUUCCAUUCUCCAAAAUCAAUCUUCCAAUUUCUCAGAUUUCCCAUGCUCCUCAGUGCCUUGCAGGUCACACUUAACGGACUUCGAUCUUGAUAAUGAUAUUACCAUGGAAAUUGGCCUUUUGUCCAACGAAGAUGGAUGCUUAUAUCUAAAAGAAACCCAGCCCUUGUAUGUGUCUUUUGAGUGCUGCAGAAUUGCUGAAGGAUAUAUGCUAAUAAUAAUAUUGCCAGUCAAUACUACCAGAAAACUAGCAGAGUUGCCAAACAAAAAGCUGUAGCUGGUGAACGGUAUAAGGGGGAUCCGGUCUAGGGACUGGGCUGUUAACUUCAAUCAUUUCUAUAGGGAAACUAACUUUGCAGGAAACUCCCUUGCAUUGUCUCCAACGUGAAGCUAGAGGAACUGCCAGAUAUCAUUAGACCAUAUAGUAUCAGGCUUAGCUAAUUUCAUUGUACCAAUGAAAAGAUAUCAUUUUUUGGUAACGACGGGAACCUACCAGAGAUGGGUAAACCGUGACGCCACGCUGAAGAAAUGUAAUUGCCUAAUCCUAGGCAUAUGCCUGCCCCC